GUAAUUGUUGUUAGCUUCACGGAGCUGAUUCGGCUCAUCCGCUGUGGUGAAGGAAAACACUAAACGUAACUUAUUUUUUGUUUGAAAACAACACGAAAUUAUUUUAAUACUAUCUUAACCAUCUUAACGUUUCGACCCAGAGCCUUUCUCUCUUGUUCCUGGACGUUGUUGUGAACUCAUCUUGCUCUUCAGCGAGCAAAACUGACAAUCUGCAUACUGGCCAGUGAGUGUUGAGAAGGUCCGCCCCCUGCAUUAACCCGUCUGGACGAUCAGGGAUGCCAAAGAAACCCAGACGCUUAAUCUCCGCCUCAGCGGGAGGAAACCGUGGGAAGGUCGCCAUGGUGCAGGAGGAGGAGUCUUCUGACGCUCAAAAAGUCUGUCCAGCUGUGCAAUACGGUCCGUUCUCGUGUUUAUCCUGUGGCAGGCGCUACAAGUACAAAUCUCGGUAUGACAAACACAGGAGACGGUGUGCUGACGAUGUGGGCGGAGUCGUGAGCAAGGAGAUUAAGAUGGAGGCCAGGGAGUCCUCUGUGGCUAAAAGCCACAACGGUGAUGGCGGACAUCUUCCCCCAAGCCUUGGCUGCCAUCUGGAUAAGCGUCGUGGGCACAAUGAAACGGACUCUUCGCCUGUGGGUACAGAGGGGCGGGGACACAGCAGGUCAGAAUGAGGGGACCACGCUCACUGCAGGGGUCACGUUUUCAGGCCCUGCCGCCCCGCAGCCUGGAGAGCCCCCCCUCAUCCCUGUCCCCGAGGAUGGGUCCCGCAAUAACCGCUCCCGGGAGGUGGAACCUGAGGCCAGCAGCUCGUGGGAUGCCAAGGAGGAACCGGGCGAUGAUGGCGUGCCCACUCCCGUCAAGUGUCAAGGUCCGUUCACGUGCGUCUCCUGUGGAAAGCUGUACCAGUACAAGUCCCAGUAUGACAGGCACCUGAAGAAGGGGUGUGGCGAUGGUGUGGGCGGAGACUUGAGCAGCUGCCCAAUGGCCAGGUCUUCUCAUCUGAGCCAGGAGAUUAAGAUGGAGGCCAGGGAGUCCUCUGUGGACAGAAGACUCAACGGUGAUGGCGGACACCUUCCCCCAAGCCUUGGUACGCGCCCUGAGCCAGGCCCUGAUGACGGGGGAGGGGUGAAGAGGAGGAAGCUGGAGCGUGUGCUUGGAGACCAAGCCGUGUGUGGAACUUUAGCCACCUCUUCUUCCGCCAAGAGUCUUGAGCCCCACACCAAUUCUUUGUCGCUGAUCCAGAUCAGCAACGUGAAGUCCCUGGUCACGUCUCAAGAUGAGGUGGGGACAUCCACAGAGAAGGGGAGGGAACCGGAGGGUGCUGACCCCUCUUCAGCAUCCAGAGGCCAGGAUGGGGCCUUCCGUCCCCAGGCACGGGGAGACGGCAAACGGAGGAAGGUUAAUAAACUCAAAGAUAAUCUAAGGUGGCGGUCCUGGGUCCGCAGAUGCCUCGGAAACCGCUCACGUGUAGCGCAGAAAUGGCUAAACCCAGGGGGAAGACGGGCGCUCUGUCUGCUGUGCGGGAUGCGGUUCAGUCGGAAAGCGUCUCUGGACCAGCACAUGGGCUCAGCCCACUAUGAGAGCUUCCAGUACCGCUGCUGCAGCUGCGACCUCAGCUUCAAGGCCUGGACCUGCCUCUGCAGACACGUGCUCCAAACGCACUACGUGAAAAUUCAAAGAAGCCCAAAGACGAGUGAAAUCGAAAAGGCCAAGAAGUGCAUUCUCAAAGCCAAGGACAAGGACAAGGGCAUCGCAGAGGCCAAGUUCAUCCACAAUGUAAAAGAUGCCUCCACUGAUGUCGGACUCCUCGGGCGACUAGUCAAUGAUGCACCCAGACCGAACUCAGAGAUGUGCUUAUUUGCCGUAAAGGACAUACAGAAGGGUGAGGCGAUCGUGUUCAGCCAGGGCGGAGCUGAUCUUCCGAGGUGCACCUCCACGCAGAGCAAGACGACACAAACGCUGAGGACAUACUCAAAGAAAGAGGCAGCUGUACGGUCUGUUCUCCCUGGACAGAAAGUGGCUGGGGACGAAAGUGCGUCUCUCUCGCUCGCCCAGAGAGCCGAGGAGCUGGACGUAGAGAGGAGAGAGGCCCAGAUAAAGCUCUCUGCCGCGGAAGAGCGGCGUCACACGGCCGACAUCGUGUCCGCGCAGUCCGAUUUACAGAAGCAGGUGCUCCAGCUCAUGGCAGCCAAUCAGAAGCUGGCGGAGGAGCUGAGCGCGACGCGAACCCCGCCCGCGCCAGAGGCCCCUCGGCCGGCCUCGACCCCGCCCACAAACAGCCUGCCCAACCGGGUGAACAAGCAGCAUCCCGACAUGGCCAUCCCGGAGCUGAAGGCGGAGCGCGAGCUGAAGAUCAGCCAGCUGUCGGCGGGACGCUCCGAUCGCUACGGCUGCUACCUGUUCCAGGCCGCGGUCGGGACGAGGACGUACCACGCGUGGUGCUGCAACACGAACUGGAGCGGCGUGGGCGGGAAGUGGGGGCUGCCGCGCAACCUGCAGGAGUACCUGCUCAACACCUUGGCGGAGAAGUUUCCGGGCUUCGGUUACCGAGAGACGCGGGUGUUCAUCGACCGGAUCAACGAACUGCUGAGGAAGCCCAGAAAAUUCCUUUACGUUUGAGGAUAUUUGAAUAUUUAAGGACACGGCCAAGGCUGUGCUGGUUUUUUUUUUUAAACUCAGCCCACCGUUUUGUAAUGCUUAUGUCUUUACAAAGUGCUAAUUAUUAAAUAUAUAUUUUUAUAUAUAGAGUUUUGCUAAACUUGCAUUUUAACAAGCUAUUCAUUUUUCUUAAUUUGAUCAUGAAUGCAUUUUUGUUUUAUCUCUGAAUAACUUAACCCUUUGAAGCCGAUUGACGCAAUUUGCGUCAAAAUACACUGCCUUUGUUCUCCGUCGAGUAACUCCAUUCUUUCUGAACAUAGGAUCACUUUCUCCUGAUGUUAUGCAUGGAAUACUUCCUAAUCUCAAUUAUCGGCUCUUUCGUCACCACCGGUACUAAAUGCUGAGACUGCAAUUCAGUUGUAAUUCAUUAGACAUAUGCCUCUGAAAUAAACAUAAUCAGUAGAACUUAAAGACAUACUGGUCACACUUUACAAUAAGGUUCCUGAAUUGGCAUUGCUUAAUGUAGUUGGGAAUUAAUAUUGUGAGCAUGGAUUAAUGAUGGACAAAUACAUUAAUUAAGCAUGAAAUUUGCUUUUCAUUAGUUCAUGUAUUUGUUAACAACUAAUAAACGUAUUUGUACAUAAAUAUUUAUACAAUAGCAAACCAUCGGAUUAAUUUAUAAUUAAUUGACCAUUAACAAAUACACUCGCCAAGCACUUCAUUAGGAACAUUAUUACUUUAUUACACCUACUUAUUCAUGCGAUUAUCUAAUCAGCCAAUUGUGUGGCAGCUGUGCAAUGCAUACAAUCAUGUAGAUACGGGUCAGGAGCUUCAGUUCAUGUUCACAUCAACCAUCAGAAUGGCGAAAAGUAACUGACCAUGGAAUGAUUGCUGUUGGUAGAUAGAUAGAUAGAUACUUUAUUCAUCCCGAGGGAAAUUUUAGGCAUUCAGUAGCUUAUAUAUACACAUAUAUACAAACAUAUCUCACACACAUAAAGAUCAAAAGUAAAAAAAAUCAGAAAUAAGGUGCUAUGGUAAUAAAAAUAAGGUGCUAUGUUAAAUUAAAUAAAUGUGCAAUCAAAUAAA